AUGCAGUUCGUCGAACUUGGAAUGGAAAUGCGUGCCCGCGUCCCUGGGCCGCACAUUUCUUUAAUCGAUCCCCGAAUCCACAACGAUGCAGAAGCAUUAGUAGCAAGUGUACAACGAACGUAUGCCCUGUUCAAGGAAAAGGGUGUGCAGAAGAAAGACAUCAUGGUCAGCAUACCCGCGACUGAAGAUGGUAUGCAUGCCACCAAGAGACUUCAGUCGAUGGACUACGAGAAUAAGAUCAAUCUCUACUUAGUGAGCAGCUUGAAGCAUGCUGAAGCCUGUGUAGCGGCGAACUCCACGAUGAUAACAGUGCCCGUGGGACCCGUCCUUAAAUCUUUUGAGGAUAAACAACAAGGUAUCAGAAAUAUGUCAAGUUGUCAGGGAGGAAUUGAAGAAAUCCAGUCAAUGUUCGAAUACCUCAACAGGACAGAAAUAAGAACCAGAGCAAUCGCCACCUCGUUUCGAAAUAUGUCAGAGGUAGGGCAGUUAAGCGAAUGUUUUGCUGUAUGCGUUUCGCCAGAGCAGGUAGAACGAUUAAAAGGCGGUGCUCGUGUUCCCAUCGCUUUGGUGAAGGGACCAAAUAAUAUUGACAAACAGCGUGGCCAAGACGCGAAUCCGGUAAAUAUUCUAACACGAGGUGGUGCACUAGGCUUCUCUGGGACAACAAGAAGUGCGAUUAAUAGUGUCCUUUUCCACGGACUGCAAACGAUGAAGCGCCAGAUGGACAUUAUAGAACAAUACGUGGAGUUGGAGUUCGUCAGGCAGUUUGAGUUCCAUGCAUUAGACCUAAGCAAGUUUUACAACCUCCAUCAAGAAGUACGAAAUAUCCUUUUGUGGCGAGCGCCAAAGAAUACCACGAAAAGCAAUAGUACCAGGUUGCGAAUUACUUUCCAGGGAACACCCAAAGGUCCUACCACAGGGAGUCCUAGUGCCAAUACUCAGUCCAAAAAUGGGCGGAGCGAAGCCGGCAAUUUGAAAGAGGUUUCAAGGGAAUGGUGUUUUAGAGCGCCUGCAGAAGAAGAGGACGAUGAUGACUUGGAUGAAGUAUUCUGA